CUUACACAAAGAGCCAAAUUAAACGUAAAAGCACAGGGAAUAGCCAUUACAAAUUCAUUUAGAGACAUUGAUGAAGACAUUGAAAGUGAUUCAGAUGAACAAGAAUCAUCUCAAACAAAUCUACUUGCUUUAGAUCCCAUCAGUUCCUUUUCAACUCAGGAGACACUGUCUAGCCAAAAGAGACAAAAGACAAGAGAUGACGCUGCUUUAUUACGAGAAAUCAAAUCGAUGGAUGAUGACGAUGACUAUGAAGAACAAGAAGGACAAGAUGAAAUAAUCGAUACAGAGGAUCUUGACGAUCUGCUUCAUUCACCUAUUUACGAAUUCAUCGAACCUUCGACUAAAGGAUUUGAACCUCAUUUUACAAAUAUACCCAACCAGCAGCCCACAGUGCCGAUGCCAAAACCACCUGAAUUUUUGAGACGACGGGUGAAAAGAGAAGGAAAGAAGACGAUUGAAUUCAAAAAGGGCGGUAUGGCGGAGAGAGCACUGGCUACCAUUGUUCAUGAAAAAGAUGAAUUUGAUGAGUGGGAGAGAGGCGUGAAUGCGAUGAUGGCAAAAUAUGGGUCCAUUGUGGAAGUGUGUAGUCGAUCACCAGAAUCAACCUUGUUUCGUCUAAUAGACCCUUGGCUAGAGCGUGGGCUUGUCUUUGCCUGGUGUGUGCCCGUGAAGAGAACGGAAAUAGAAAUGGUUCUUGGCGAUCGAACACCGGUGGGUUCACAGACACGGGACGACAGCGAGGAUGAUAUUAUUGAAGAUUUCUCACAGCCCAAGUCAUUGCCAUCCUAUAUACCUAGUGAAGAGGAUGAGCGGCUAUUGAUGGCAUUCUCAUUUGCCUAUGUGACCACAGCAGUGAGUAAAGAAGAGUUUGUAGAAAAGGAGACGUGUGUAGGAGUAUGGCCACAUUGGACAGAGAUGGAUACGAUGAUAGAUGACGUUUACCAAAAGGUCUAUCUAGUUACUCGAUUCAAAUCAGAUAUGAUUUAUUAA